AUGGAACUGAAAUAUAUCAUCCCAUUUCAACUCAACAGCAUAGUGUUGCUAAUCUCACUCAUAACACUGUUGCUCAUCUACAAGCUCCUAAACUCCCUCAUCGUUCGCCCUCUGCAAAAUCACAUCGCAGCCCGCAGACUCAACUGCGGGAGCGUACCAAAAGAGCCCUCGAGAUGGCCACUCGGCAUCGACACUGUCCUCCGCGGCCUGCAAGCGGACAAGAACCAGCAGAUGCCCGACUACGUCGCGUCGCGCUUCGCCGCCAUGGGCCGCCACACCUGGCGCAUCAGCGUGCUGGGGACGUCCAACAUCAUCACUGCGGAGCCGCGCAACGUUCAAGCCCUGCUGGCCACGCAGUUUGACGACUUUUGCAUGGGCAACGCCCGCACCACCAACCUCAAGAUCCUACUGGGGCGGAGCAUCUUUGCAGUCGACGGGCCGGCCUGGCAUGGCGCAAGGGAAACCAUGCGUCCGCUCUUUGCAAGGGACAACGUCUCGAAUGUGGAGCUGCUCGAGGGCAAUUUCCAAAAGCUCCUGCGCUGCAUUAAACAAGCUCCAGGAGGGCUGCGUAAAGACCCGGAGGACCGUCUCUGGACCGCAACCACGAGCCUGGCCGCCUUGCUCCCCAGCUUCACGCUCGACUCGGCAUCAGAAGCCUUCCUGGGCAGCGACGCCGGUGCGUUGGACGCCAGGCUCAACGGCACCGCGCAGCCGGAUCUCCUCUGGGCGUUGGAGCAGAUCGCGCCGCUCCUGCGGGUGCGGUUCGCCCUGCGCGGACUGUAUUUUCUCUACGGCAACCGGGAGCUGCGGCGGUGCGCGGACGCGAUGCACGCGUUUGUCGACGCGGCCAUGGAAAAGGCCGACGAAGCGAUGAAGCAAAAUGGCAAACAGCAGCAGCAACAUCAUCAUCAUCUCGGAAGCAAGAGAUUCGAGUUCCUGCAGAAAUUACGCGCGCGGUGCGCAGACCGCGCCGAGGUCAGGGAACAGGUUCUAGGCCUGAUGGCGGCAGGGACGGACACGACGGCGGCGCUGGUGGGGUGGGUCUUCUACUCGCUGAUCCGGCACCCGCGCGUCUUUGCCCGGCUGCGGGAGGUGGUGCUGGAGCACUUUGGUCCGACGGGAGGGCAGGUCACGUUCGAGAGGCUCAAGAGCUGCACGUACCUGCAGCACGUGCUGAGCGAGACGCUGCGGCGGCACUCGGUGGUGCCGCUCAACAGCCGUCGGGCCAGGCGCGACACGACGCUUCCAACGGGCGGGGGUGCCGACGGCACGCAGCCGGUGUUCGUGCCGGCGGGGACCGAGGUCAACUUCAGCACUCAUGUUUUGCACCGGCGCAGGGAUCUGUGGGGGGAGGAUGUGGACGACUUUGUGCCCGAGAGGUGGGCGAAGCACAGGCCUGGGGUUUUCCACUACGUGCCCUUCAACGGCGGGCCUAGAAUCUGCAUAGGGCAGCAGUUUGCGCUCACCGAGGCUGGGUUUGUGGUGGUCAGGAUGUUGCAGGAGUUUGACGCAGUGGAGGGUUUGUAUGUCGACCCGGAGAGGGAUUGGCAUAAUUUCGGAAUUACUUGCUCGCCUGGCAGCCCGGAAGAUAGGCAUGCGGGGGUGGCUUGCCGACUCAGGUUAGCUAACUAG